CCAUUUGGUGUUGUUUCACUUUCAAAUUAUAUCACCAUUUAAUUCCUCCUUGUAUCUCUUCAAUUGAAAUCCCAGAUUUCUCAGUUCCAAGCUAUGGCGGACAAGGUGACAAUAAUGGUGCUGAAGGUGGACCUUCAGUGCUGCCGCUGCUACAAGAAGGUUAAGAAAAUACUCUCUAAAUUCCCUCAGAUACGAGAUCAGAUUUACGACGAGAAGGCCAAAACAGUGACGAUUAAAGUGGUAUGUUGCAAUCCUGAGAAGCUUAGAGACAAGCUAUGCUGCAAAGGUGGCGGAUCCAUCAAGAGCAUUGAGAUCAAGCCACCUCCGAAACCACCUACACCUACACCAGCACCUGCACCCACACCAAAACCAAAGCCAGAACCGACACCAAAACCAACACCGGCACCAACUCCAACACCAGCUCCUCCAGCACCGAUACCAAAACCAACACCGGCACCAGCACCAAUACCGACACCGAAACCUACACCAACACCGGCGCCAACACCGAUACCGACACCGGCGCCAGCAUAUCCGCCCAUGGGAUGUUGUUGCACGGAAUGUUACCAUGGCAGAGGUGGGGGGCCUUGCUAUUAUGGUGGACCACCUCCUCCACUCCCACGCCCAUGUUAUGUGACUUACGGUAGGCCAGUUUACGACAAUUGGACCAGCGGCGGGUAUAACUCGUACUGUUAUUGCGACGAAAAUCCACAAGGUUGCUCAAUCAUGUAACGUCCACUGCUGACCAGAUCGAAAAGCAUGCCCUAUUGCCUGUUCGAUGAUUCGGUAAACAAAUGUUAAAGGCGAACAUCACCUUGGGACCUGUUCUAAAACCGAACUUGAUCUUCUCAAUAAGUUCCUGUAACUCUUUUGGGCUCAAAAUUUUAGCACUAAGGUUCGGACCAAAUAGGAUGUGUCGAUGCAAGCGUUACCAAAAGUUUGGGUUUGCAGUGAGUUGUGAUGUUUGAAAUGGAUUGUGUUGACUUGUCUUUUGAAUUUUGUCAUUUGUGGAAAAUGUUAUUGUUUCCGGCUUUCCGUUUUACAAACUGGAAAAAGACCAUUAUUAGAAAGUACCCAGAAUUUUGUAUAGAAAUGUUGUAGCAACUCGGUCUGGUCCAUUGAAAAAUCACUUGAAGCAUUAG